AUGGUUGCAGAAGAGAGCCCUCUGCUGUUGUCCACCGCGCAUGAAACUAUUUAUGACAGGUUUGCGCCGCAUCAGAAGAGGUGGAUCGUGUUUCUCGUCUCUUUUGCUGGUUUACUGCCUAUGUUCGUCUCAGCGACAUUCGUGCCUUCCAUCCCUCAGAUAGCUAAAGAUCUUAACUCGACACAUGCUGUCGUCAGCUUAACCGUCAGCCUGUCGAUCUUCGCGAGUGCCGUCGGGGCAUUGGUUUGGGCUGCUUAUUCGUCUUUCUAUGGGCGCCGAUGGAUGUUUUUGUGGGGGAUGCCGUUUUUAUGCGUCGGAAGCUGUGGUGUCGCGAUGUCGACUUCGUUGAAGAGUUUGUUAUUCUGGCGGUUUGUGCAGACGUUUGGAUGUUCUGGGGGAAUACCGUUGGGCGCUGGUGUCAUUGGUGACAUUUAUAAAUUGGAGGAGAGGGGGACUGCUAUCGGGGUAUUCUUUGGUGCCACACUUUUUGGGUUCGCUGUUGCUCCGUUUCUUGGAGGUGCGGCGGCGCAGUAUUGGUCCUGGCGCAAUUUGCACUACUCCCUUAGUGUAUGGGGCCUGCUCGAACUGCUUCUCAUAUUCCUCUCGUUUCCUGAGACGAGCCAUCCCGGCACGUUGGGCAUUGAAAAACUGGCGCGCAGGAGAUGGAUCCACAUCACAUGGGUUAAUCCUCUGGGUAGUCUCUGGUUGCUUCGGAGUCCAAACCUCUGCGCAGUCAUGCUUGCGUCGACUCUAGUGCUCGUCACUGAUUAUGUUCUCCUCGUACCGCUGGCGUACACUAUUGGUGUCCGGUAUGGAAUUACGAAUGAAGCCAUCAUCGGGGCGUGCUUCCUCCCAAACGGACUGGGAAACUUUAUCGGAGCACCAAUUGCUGGCCGCCUAUCAGACAUUGUAGUCAGAAGAAAGCGGGAGAAGCGCAAAGGAGUUUGGUUUCCCGAAGACCGCUUGAGAGCAACGUGGAUCGGAGGGCUGAUCAUUGUCCCGUUGUCUAUUGGGGCAUCAGGGCUGAUCACGACGUAUGUUGGGGGCCGGAUUGGCCUUUCAUUGAAUUUAUUGUGUCUUUAUAUGAAUGGAAUGGGGGUCGACUUCGUGUUCAAUCCAAUUGGUUCUUAUAUUGUGGAUGUAGCGCACUCUCGAAGCGCAGAGGCCACAGCCGCUAGCGCAGCGAUCCGGUCACUCAUUUUAUCUGCUGCGACUGCUCUUGUCAUUCCAUCGAUCGAACGUGUAGGCGUUGCGUGGACUGAUAUCAUCGCAGCUGUCCUUGCGCUCAUUGGACAAGGGAUCAUUUUCGUGACCAUUCGCUAUGGUGAUCGCAUGAGGGCUAGCGUGGAUGUUGGUUUCUCGACUACAGAGAAUAAUUGAUAGAUCGAUCUUCGUUCAUUUCAAGGGAAGCAACGGAUUAGAAUCAAGAUAUGUGGAGAAUACACUCAUUAAAUUGCCAAUAGACUGAUCCCUCAUAACGGGACGGGGAUACCUUAAGCGAAGCUGAUCGCAUUAUUGAUGCUGAAUACCGGGGGCGAAGUUUACCGAGCAGCUUGGUUAUAUGCUUGAUACCCGGCAGAAGCAAACCGGCCGGUUCCAAUCCGGCUAUAAGGCGUAUGAGAAGCAAGGCUCCCUAGGGGCGUAAUUUCAACUUGAGCCACCAACGUAGACCUGAGGUUGCCACUGCUGACAGCUAGACGACCAGCCCUGUACGAUUCACAAGAAACCAAGACUUACCCUAUCAUGUCAUCAAUACCUGAGCAAUACAUCAGUGGUGGUGUGAAACCAGCUGCU